AGAGGCAGCCUCUCUCUCGCUCUCUCGGACUUUAUUUCAAAAUGGUGAAGCUGACAGAGGACAUGGUGGUGGCGAGGUCCAAAGGAUCGGACCUGCAUAACGUGAGGAAGUUAAAUUGCUGGGGCAGUGAAUUAUCUGAUGUGUCCGUUGUGAGAAAAUUGCCCAACGUUGAAGUUCUUUCCCUGAGUGUGAACCAGAUCCAGACGCUGGCAGACUUCCAGUAUUGCCCCAACCUGCAAGAGCUGUACAUCCGCAAGAACAGCAUCAGCGACAUCAACGAAGUGCUGUACCUCCGUCAGCUUCCCAAACUGAAGAGCUUGUGGCUGGCCGACAAUCCCUGUGCGGAUUUUGAGAAGUACCGCCACACGGUGUUACGCGCUCUGCCACACCUUCAGAAGCUGGACAAUGUUGCCGUGGAUUCAGAAGAAGUCCAGCAAGCCAUGGUCUGUGGUCUGGCCCUCCCCAUUUCCGACUCACCAAUGGCACAGAGGGAGGAGCGGGAAAUGCCGAGGUCGAGCAGCAUGGGGGAGUCACUGCGCAGCGAGGGGGGCAGCAGCCUGUCGGACUGCUCGCCUCCCUCCUCCGAGCGCCGCUACUCACAAACCACAACCCCCACGCGCUCCAAUCAACAGGAUGUCUAUGGGCAGUCCUUGGAUGACGGCUAUGAAUACUCUCAGGCUGUUUACGACGAAGAUGACGAACAGCCAGUCGCCCGACGUACCAGCUACUCACAGUACCAGCAGAGCGACCCGGAGAGGAGGAUCUCGCAGAUGUCACACUACUCCAACCAGGACACCUCUCCACAGCAACAUUAUGGAGUGCGAAGAGUGAGUCAGCCGAGACCGCAGGAGUAUAGCUCACCUGUAGAAAACAACCAAUACCAUAGAAGGUUCUCCAAUGCUCAGCAGGGAUCUAGUGGCUACUACAGCAGCAGCAGCAGUUCGAAUGGAUACCACCGCGGGGAGGCAGACAGCACGGACCGACUGCGCAGAACGUCGUACUCCUCCACACAGUUUCAGGCAGGCAGUGACCAGCUUGGGCCCUUAAGGUCACCUCUUGCGAUCCAUAGCCCAUCACGGCGUAGCAGCCAGAUUGUCACAGAAGCCGAUUCGUCUGACUCACGAGGGUAUAUACGCUCACCUGAAUCACGCACUCACAAUGCUGACUAUGAGUACGACUCACGCAAUGCUAACUAUCUGAGCCGGGAAGACACGGCGCCCAGGUAUACCAACGGCACUAACAACUCCCCCCUCACUCCCGAUAAUAAUGACAGCAAUGCCACUAACAACAACCCACUCUGUCCCCUUCAGUGAGUACACAAAGUAAGGUGCAUGCAAAAGUGGCUCAAGAUUCACACACCCCCUCCAAAAAAAACAAAAUAAAACAAAAAGAGAAAAACAAAAGAAAAAAAAAAAUCUGAGCAUGAUCUCUUCAGUGGCUGCAUGACUCCAGCAUGUUACAUUGGACAUGAUCGUAUGUGUUGUGGAAUCGUCACUUUUGGUGGAAGUUACUUGGUGUUCAAGUUUGUACUUUCCACGUCCUAGAUUCCAGGGAUUGCGUUUGAGACGAGGGCCCUGGCUGAUAAUUCUAGGAUUAGGGACGACUCAGGGCAUCGUCCAUCUUGAGUGUUCUUUUACAUUUACAUCCAUUGACAUCUGUUGCUUGUAAAACAUAUUUCUUUUAUUUGUCCUUUGUGCGAUUUCUCUUCUAGAAAUUUGGUAAUAACUUGCUUAAUUUGUGUGUUUA